AUGGCCUAUAGAACUCCAACCAAGCAACGAAGAGACCAGGGUGGUCACGUGCACCACAGCGCUCAAGAUGCUGCGACACCAGCCACACUCACGCCUGUCGCGUCGUCCUCAGCCCGGUACCAGCUCCGGGCGCGCAAACCUCGAGAAGCCUCGCCAACACCAACACCAACGCGACGAAACAACGGCUCAGUAACGCCAUCACCACACAAAUACCACAACCACUAUAACUACCACUACAACAACAGCCUCGAUCUCGGUGCAAGUGCGAGGAAGCGAAAUCGCACAAUGUCAAGCACGGCCGGCAAAUGGCGCGAGGAGCAGGUCCUCAUCAUCUGCCCUGGCAGCAGAACCACUAUGGCUCAGCUGGGUUGCAGUGAAUUGACUCCUCCUGCUCGGCGCAUGCCUACCAGGAUGUUUAAGGAGGGCGAUCAGUGGGCUCCCUAUCACAAGACGAAGCGCACGACUAUUGUGAAUGGUGUUGAGGAAGAGGAAUGGUUGGAGGAUGUUGAUGAAGACGAGGGAGCUGUGUACCCCAUUGAAGCUGGUCGCAUCGUCAACAUGAGCGCUCUCCUCGCUUUUCUCGAUCAUGUCCACGGCUUGCUUACAACUACAUACCACAACACUCCCAUCAUGCUCAUGGCUUCACCACAAUGGACACGACCCGACUGCGAGACAAUUGCCCGAUACGUCUUUGAGAACACGAGAACACCUGCGCUAUGCAUAAUCCACAGCGGAAUCGCUACGCAGUAUGGUCUGAAGUGGCCUAACCUGACUGUGGUGGACAUUGGCUACCAAAAGGUCGACGUUACAGCAAUUCACGAUGGAAGAGUUGUGAACCACAUGGACGUCAGCGCAUCUGAUGCCGAUGGUGAAAUCAGCGGAGGCGAGGUUUUCACAAAGAGCUUGCUCAAGUUGCUAGAAAACAAGGGGUUCAACCAUGAAAUGGCGGAGCAGCUGAAGAAGAGCAACAUCUGCGAAGUCCUCCCCUAUGUUGCUACCGAGGAGAACUUGAUGGAACUUCCCACGGAGAACACUGCAGGCGCAACAGGCGGUCAACCAGCUUCUGCCAUUGCAGAGGCUGCACCGAAAGCCCCUGAAGCGCCCAAACCCACCGACAAUGGAGAUGCUGAUGAGGGCAAUGGUAACCCAGAGGAUGAUGGAGUUCUAGACGUCGCAGCCAUCGUUACAAGCGGGCAGACAAAGGAAUUCCUCGCCAAAAAGGAGAAGGAGAAAGAAAAGGGCAAGGGAGGUCGAAAGAAGGGCGAAAAGGAUGCUGAGGGCGCCGCUAAGGCUGCGCGUCUACCCAACUCCAAGAGGACUCACAACACCUUCUUCUACGAGGAAAUCAUUCAGGAAGAGGUUCCUCAACCAUCCAAGGAAAAGGAGACUCUAGAGACUGCUGCGGCUACUACCAAUGGUAACGGCACAACAGAGGCUCCCAAGCCUGAGGGCGAGACCAACGGCGCUCAACCUCAGCCUCAAGCCGACAACACCGCUGCACCUGCGCCUGCGGCAGAGACAGAGACACCUGCGAUAGAAGCGCCUAAGCCAGAACAAACUCAAGAGCCAGCACAGUCGAUAGAACCCAAGCCUGAGGCUGAGCCAAAGCCUGACGCUCAACCCUCCAGCGAGACCCCUGAGAAGCGACCGAAGCGCAUUCGUCGAGAUGUCGAGGUUGGUCUUGAGCGCUUCACUUUCGCUCAACGUCGCGAGAUCGAUCGCAUCGUCAACGCCAUCUAUCGCACUGUCCAGGGCAUCGACGACAUGUACAUGCGACCUCCAUGCUGGGACAACCUUGUCUUUGUUGGCAACGGUGCUCGUCUCCGCGGUCUUCGCGAGAACAUUCUUCAGACCCUCAACGCCCGCCAUCUCGUCUCCCCAUCCACCGCCACAAUGUUCACCUCAGAGCUGCCCUCUAACAUGGCCACGCCCACUGGAACCGGCGCUCAAACUCCCACUGGCUCCUUCACAGGCGCACCUCACCAGCUAUCCUCAAGCGGCGUGAACCCCCUCCUCCAGGCCGCUACCACGGCUGCAGCUGCUGGUACCGCUAAUACCAUGGUCGGCACGCCGCAGCCAGCUUCUGAGGCUGGAGGACCCACGACGACUCACCACUUCCACAGCCAGACUCCCACGAGCAUCAAGACGGCUACUCUGCCGAACUACUUGAGCGAGUGGACAAAGAAUGGCUUCGAGGAGUCCAUGUUCCUUGGUGCUCAGGUCGCUGCUCGUAUUGCGUUUUGCCUACACUCCAACAUGGAUGCCCAGACAAUUGAGGCCCAAAGGCUUAUGAGUUUGAGCAGAGUUGAUUACAACGAACUUGGUCCCAAGGGUAUCCGCACACAUUCUAUGUUGGGCUGA